UCAGCAAUGGCGAUGUUUGCCGUCGCCUUGGUCGCCGCCCUCCUCUUCUCGGUCUCCUCCGCGUUCCCUUGGGGCGGUCAGCUGGACCCCCACUUCUACGACCACUCGUGCCCGCAGGCGCAGCAGAUCGUGGCGUCCAUCGUCGGCAAGGCGCACUACCGUGAACCGCGCAUGGCUGCCUCCCUCCUCCGCCUCCACUUCCACGACUGCUUCGUCAAGGGCUGCGAUGCGUCGAUCCUGCUGGACAGCAGCGCGUCGGUAACGAGCGAGAAGCGGUCGAUCCCGAACAAGGACUCGGCGAGAGGGUUCGAGGUGGUGGACGAGAUUAAGGCCGCGCUGGAGGCCGCCUGCCCGCGCACCGUCUCCUGCGCCGACGUCCUCGCCCUCGCCGCCCGCGACUCCACCGUCGUGACCGGAGGACCAGGGUGGAUCGUGCCGCUGGGCAGGAGGGACUCUCUGGGCGCCAGCAUCCAGGGCUCCAACAACGACAUCCCUGCCCCCAACAACACCCUCCCCACCAUCAUCACCAAGUUCAAGCUCCAGAGCCUUGACAUCGUCGACCUCGUCGCCCUCCUCGUUGUAGUAAUAGGUGACAAGCGGCCGAUCGUUUAA